AUGUUUGAUCUCAUCCGCGACUCGGCUUUUGGCCAUAUCGUCCGUCUUGUGACGCGCAACAAAUACCUUCAAUAUCCUGAAGAGAAGGAUCCGGAGAUCUGGAAGAAGUAUGUCAGCCACGAAAAGUCUGGGUAUGCCGCCUAUCAUGGAUCUACGCAGGCGCCGGAGAACAAGGACGAGAUCGAUGAGCUCGCCCAGACACAUGGCGUGAGAAACCGGGAGGGACGCGAUUCGGAGACUUCGUCGCGUACCGUGGGCAAUGGUGUCAACGAGGCCAGUGGCUUGAGGAUCGAUCCUGAGAAGGGCAAGGACCUUCAUGUCAUUGACUGGUAUGGUCCGGAUGAUGCUCAGAACCCAAAGAAUUGGUCGCGAGGAAAGAGGUACUUCGUCACCUUUGAGAUUUGCUUCCUCACCUUUUCGGUAUACAUCGGUUCAGCCAUUUACACGCCGGGUCUCAUGGGCGUGAUGGCAGAGUUUGGCGUUGCUCAGGUGCCCGCGACCUUGGGAUUGACGCUGUACGUUGCUGGAUACGGUCUUGGGCCUCUUCUAUGGUCACCCAUGAGCGAGAUUCCGCAGAUUGGUCGUCUCUGGGUUUACAUUAUUACCCUUCUCAUCUUCGUCCUUCUCCAGAUCCCCACUGCUCUCUCUGUCAACUUCGGCAUGCUACUCGCUUUCCGAUUCCUGACUGGAUUCUUUGGUUCGCCAGCGCUCGCAACAGGAGGAGCCUCCAUCGCCGACAUGUACCGACCCAAGAAACAAGUGUACGGUCUCGCAGUCUGGGGAAUUGGCGCUGUCUGCGGCCCUGUUCUUGGUCCCCUUGUGGGCGGCUUCGCCGUCAUGGCCGAAGGUUGGAGGUGGACCAUGUGGGAGAUCAUGUGGCUUUCGGGCUUCUGCUGGGUCUUCCUCUUCUUCCUCCUCCCGGAGACAAGCGCGCCCAAUAUCUUGCACCGCAGGACGCGCAGGCUCAAGAAGCUGACUGGCGACGACCGUCUUACUUGCGAGCCGGACAUCAUGUCUGCUGAGAUGUCAGGAAAGGACGUUCUCAACAUGAGUCUUCUCAAGCCCAUCACCCUCAUGUUCAAGGAACCAAUCGUAUUCCUGUUGAACUUGUACAUCGCACUCAUCUACGGUCUACUCUACAUCUGGUUCGAGUCGUUCCCUCUUGUGUUCUCAGGACUCUACGGUUUCAACCUCGGCCUUGAGGGUGUUGCGUUCUUGGGUAUUCUCGUUGGUACAUUCAUCGCCGUCAUCGUGCUCUUCGCGUGGAACUACUAUUACCUCGAGAAGCAGUUCGACGAUGAUGGCAACAUCGCGCCAGAGAAGCGUCUGAUUCCUGCCAUGGUUGGCUGCUUCUUCGUGCCCAUCUGUCUCUUCUGGUUUGGAUGGACUUCGCGGUCGGAUGUGCACUGGAUUGUGCCCAUUAUCGGAUCUGGAUGCUUCGGUAUCGCUGCCUUCACGCUCUUCCAGGCCGUCCUACCUUACCUGUCAGAUGCCUACCCCGACUCCGUGGCUAGUGUAUUGGCAGGCAACGACUUGAUGAGGUCGUCAUUCGGUGCGGGAUUUCCCCUGUUCGCCAAUGCCAUGUACCAAAAGUUGGGCAUAAACUGGGCGAGUAGUUUGUUGGGUUUCUUGGGUAUUGCCUUUAUCCCGAUUCCAUUUGUGCUUUACAAGUGGGGCAAGCAGAUCAGACAGAAGAGCAAGCUGGCCAGGAAGGAUAUCUAG